ACUUUCCUCUUAUUCUUCCUCUUUCUGUAUGCUAUGCAGCAGCCAAGAACUCGAAGUCAGCUUUACUAGCUGCUCUGUGUAGGUUAAUACGCACAAAAAGAAAUCAUUCUUGAGCCUACAAAUAGACAAUUUCUGGAAAGGAAUACCUGGAGCUUGCUUGGCUUAGAUCUUGGCUGGUGAAAAAGUGUGAGAGCGUCUCUCUUGCUUUCUCUCUCCCAGAAUCAAUGAGCUGUCUCCAUCAUGGAGGCAACGGGCAAGUUCGACUUCACCGCCACGGCCGAUGAUGAGCUGAGCUUCAAGAAAGGAGACGUGAUUAAGAUUUUGGGCACUAAGGAUAACUGGUACAGAGCUGAACAACAUGGUCUGCAAGGCUUCGUUCCAAAAAAUUACAUUACCCUCGACAUCCCCAGCUGGUUCCAGGAGGACAUGAGUCGCCGGGCGUCUGAGAGCGCUCUCAUCCCCAAGCCGAUUGGUUCGUUUAUCAUCCGUGGCAGCCAGAGCUCUCCGGGAAACUUCUCCAUCUCUGUCAGGCAUGAGAUGGAUGUGCAGCACUUUAAAGUGCUCCAGGACAACAGAGGGCAGUAUUUUCUGUGGGCUGAGAAAUUCAGCUCUCUGAAUGAACUUGUGACGUACUACACAUAUAAUUCCAUCUCCAAGCAGACCUCGAUACGCCUCCUGUCUGAGCAGCAGAGCCUGUUAAACGCUGCUCCAGAUCCCAGGCCGGUUCCUCAGGAGAGAAGAAACAAGGCAGCAGAGUUAAAGAACAGACCUCUCCCUCGUCCUGCAGAGACACUUCCACCUCCACAGGAGACCAGAUAUCAAAGUGUACAGUCAGGGCCACCGGGUCCACCUUUUUGUCCUGCAAACACUUUUCCACCUCCACAGGAGACCAGAUAUCAAAGUGUACAGUCAGGGCCACCGGGUCCACCUUUUUGUCCUGCAAACACUUUUCCACCUCCACAGGCGUCACUGAAAAAGGUCAAGGCUCUGUAUGACUUCAUAGCCGAGGAGCAGGACGAACUGAACUUCAGCGCUGGCGACAUUAUAGACGUUUUGGACGAGUCAGAAUCCUUCUGGUGGGUGGGUCGGGUACGAGGGAGGACAGGACUCUUCCCCACCAACUACAUCACUUCUUUAUGACUACAUACAGCCCAAAUCAUAUGUCUGUGCUAAUUUCAUGUUUGUGUUUAUUUAUCACUAUCCUGAGUGUUUCUUUUACCCAAAAAUCAGUUCCAGUUGUCUUGCUUUCCAAAUAAACAAUUUCAUCAUUUCAGUGCUUCUCAUAACCCUCGUGUUUCAGAGAACAGCCCAGCUGACACCGAGACUCUGCGAUGACUGUACUGCCAGUGUCAUUUAUUCCAGUUGUCACACCCUGCCUUUGUUGAUUGAUUUAACUCUGUGAUGAAACCACAGCUGAGUCAACCAAAAAAUAAUACAA